AUGUCUCCAUCUCAACCACAUUCGAAAAAGUCUGGAGGAGGUAGCAAAAAGUCGACCACGACAAAGGCCGAUGCCAGUCGUAUCCAGUCUCAUGCUGAUCGUACUCAAACAAAUCAAGGAAUGAAGUCUCGUAUGCAGUCUGCAGCUGACAAAAAUGAAGGACGAAGCCAGCAGUCGUCAAAAGGAGAGCAAGCUUCCAACACCACCAGUGGUACUGGUCAAUCCAAUGAAUAG